AUGUCCAAGACACGCCUCGCGCCGGCUCUACAGGUCUUCCAGACGCUGCAGCGAUACCCCGUCAUCCGACCACGGCGCCUGCCCGACGUGCCUAUAGGGUGUGCGUCGCGCGUCUCGGCGCAGGCCGCCCGGCAAAGCAUGCUUAGUUUAUAUCACGACCUGGGCGUCCUCGUGUUUGCGGGCUGCAGUGCUGCGCAGACGGAGAGAAUCGGCGACAUAUUGCGCCAGGUUGUGCGCUGGGGAGGGCCGGGCGGCGCGGUGACGAGACUGUCGUGGACGGCGGUCGAUGGGCCGGAGAGGGUGGAUGGGUUGACCGCAGAAGAUUUCCACGAGGGUCCGGAUGAGGCAAAUCCUGCGGAAACCGGGCCUCGGCAGCUACAAGUCGUUUCGUACGCAAUGGUGGGCGUCGACGGUGACGGCGGCCAUGCUACAGGGGAGAUGUCUCUCUUCACAGUCGGAACAGGAGACUACGUUGGCAGCGCGAGGAUAGAUUACAGGCUUGUGCAGUCUGAUGAGGGAGGGGGAAGGGCGGUCCCGCUGUUGGGACAUGGCGGGCUGGGCAAGAGGAGCGGCUUGGGUACGCAGGGUCUGGAGGAGAGAUUGGACGAGGCUACGGGUCUGUUGGAGAAGUUGUGGGAGCUGGAGAGGGAGGUUUGGGCACAUAGAGCAGCGGAGUAUGAGUAG